UGUAAACACUUCAGUGGCAACCUGACUGUGAGCGGGUGAGGGUGUGUUGCGCCUUCCUCUGUGUAUUGCUAUGGCUUAUAACUCUGCCCUCUUUUUUUGAAUACCCGAGCCUCUACGUGGAUGUUAAACUAGUGAGUAAGAAAGUAAAGUGGGUGAUAGUGGUGAGUGAGAUGCAAUAGAAGUACCGAGUGAAUUGUAAAGUGAAUGUGAAGGAGGGAGGUGACAAGAUUGUGGCUAUCUGUUUAAUUAUUUAUCUGUGUGCGUUGUACGUAGCCGAGUGUGUGAGUGUGUGUCUGCGUGUACUCUGCCUUUGCGUCAUGCCCUUUGAGGGGCAUGGAGGCAGACACACGGGGGAAGGCGAGGAAAGAGAGUAACCAGAAGACUGCCGACGCGGCCACGGCAGGGGAGCGUAGCGAGGGAAGAGAGUAACCUGAAGACUGCAACACUACAACAAGGCAUCUGCCACCGGUGGUUGGGCAACAGCAGCAGCAGCAGCAGGAAACAAGCAGGGGACAACCCACGCGGCAGGAAGCGGUGACGGGGAAGUGUUACCUAAGUGAUGGGAGUGCGUGAGGUGAAGUGCGGUGUGAAGUAUUCGUGUUAAGUGCGUGUGUGCGUGCGUGUGUGUGUAAGUGACUUCUACUACUACUUCUACUGCUACUACUGCGACUACAACACCUACUGCUACUACUGUAAGACAAGCAGAAGUGGUCAUGAUGCGCAGCGGACGCCCUCAGAGCACCCGGCAGCCCCACCACCACCCCCACCACCAUCACCGCCACCACCACCACCACCGCCACCACCAGCACCGCCGCCCGAGCCCGACCUCCUCGUGAAGGCGCCGCGCCAGUCCUCCCGACAUGAUGGGCCUGUGGGUGGCUGUGGCGGCGGCGGCGGUGGGCUGCCUCGGCCACGCCCUUGCCAUGCCCGUGUCCCAGGAAGGGAGCGGCGGGGAGCGGGCGUGGAGUGGGCGGCAGUACGUGGAGGCGGGUCUGGGCGUGGCGGCCCUGCUCACCUCCGUCACCACCCUGCUGGCCUGUGCCUGCUGCAAGCGCUCCCGUGGCUUCAAGCGGACAGAUUCUGGACAUGAGGUGAGAUGCGCACACGACGAGAAUACAGGAUGGGAUGAGCAGGUGAGAUGCGCACACCAAGAGAGAGCCGAGCGAGGCGAGCAGGAGCUGGGGUCGGUGUCCUCGCGCGUGGCCGGCAGCUCCUCCACGCUCACGCAGGGGCCUCGCGAGGAGAUCACGCUCUUCCCGCCAGCAGGCCUCUCCCUCUCCACCACGCAGAUCAACUUCGAGCCGCUGCCGGACAUCAGGCCGCGCCCCUCCGCGCUGGGUCACGCGCGCCCCGCUUCUGACAGGACCCUGCCACCCUUCUUCCCCGGCCGCUCUCCCUCCUCCCCUGCCGCAGCGCCUCCGACACCCACCGAUGAGUGGUUCGCGGAGCCCCACCAGAGCUUCCCCCGCAACCAGCUGCAGUACGUGAGGGAGCUGGGCCAGGGCUGGUUUGGACAGGUGCUGGAGGGCCGUGCGGCAGGAGUGUUCAGUGACCACACUAAGGGUGAGUCCCCAGUGAGCACGACAGUGGGCGGCGGUGGCCUCACCCCUGUGGCUGUGAAGGUGCUGCGGGAGGAUGCCUCACCCUCAGAGCAGCAGUACUUCCUUCAGGAGCUGCGACCGUACCGUGACUUGUCCCACCCCAAUGUACUGCAGGUGCUGGCCCACUGUCUGGAGGCAGAACCCUUCCUGAUCCUGCUGCAGCUGUGUCCCAGGGGGGACCUCAAGGCUGUGCUGAAGAGUGACAGGAGCCUGAGUGAGGUAACACUGCUUCGCAUGACCCUGGAUGUGGCAUCCGGCCUCACACACAUGCAUACACACCACUUCAUCCACACGGACUUGGCUGCCAGGAACUGUGUGGUGGAGGAAGAUAACUCUGUAAAGAUUGGAGACUAUGGGUUCAGUUUAAAUUCUUAUAAGGAUGAGUAUUACUGUGCUGGGGACGUGGCACUGCCCCUGCGAUGGUGUGCCCCAGAGACCCUCAAGUGCACCGACACCACCAUUGAGACCAAGGAGGUCACCAAGGCAGCCAAUGUGUGGAGCUUUGGUGUGGUAAUGUGGGAGAUAGCCAGCCGAGGGGACCUGCCUUACCACCACCUGGAUCAUGAGCAAGUGAUCCAGGAUGUCAUUGUGGACCAGACGACCCAGCUGGACCUUCCAUCAAACCUGCAGCUCCAUGCUGGCAAGCUGUACAACAUCAUGAAGCAGUGCUGGGAGGGGGAGGAGAGCCGCCCCGCCAUGGUGCACACCCACUCCCUGUUGGCACACCUGUGGGAGCACACUGCCGCCACACCUGACCAAGACACUGCCUCCCUGGGAGACUUUGAGCAGCGGUGGAACCAACUCCAGCAGUUGGACUGUCGUGACCAUAGCAUCAUGCACACUGGCAACACCUCAAGCCUCAGAUUUGAGAGUGACUUCAAUUUGUCAUCAGCAAUGGACACUCAACCUCUGGGUGAGGCAAUGUCUCCUAGCUUGCAAAACCUGCAUGGAUCAGCUGAGGACUUGGAUGCAAGGAUAGAUGCCAGGUUCAGACCUCUGCCUUCCUGGCUUGGUGUGGAGCCCGGCCAGCAGAUUGACAGCCUUACACAGGAGAUCACUGAUGCCAUACUCAAGCUUGAUGACUAUCUGGCUGGAGAGAAAUCAGAGCCCAGCACUGGUCAGACUUCACCUGAAAAAGGGGGAGUGAACUUCAAGCUGGGUAAGGACUCCUUCGUCUCCAACCCCCCUGAGUCCAUUGUGACUCGAAUGGGGGGACUGUCCGUAGAGGAUGGAAGAGGCCACCCCAGCCUCACAGGAGCACUCUCAGAGGAGGAGGAAGGGUUCUCUAUGAAGCUGGAACAAGGAGCAUUCACAGAAAUGGUGCGCCUCAAGAGCCAGAGUGUGCAGGACUUUAUGAAGCUGACAGUGGUGGACGACGCCAGUGACUCAGACACUACCAGUCAACGCAACUCCCUUGGUUUUGAACCACUGUCACAGGAGAAGACUUUUUCCAGUGAGGGCAACAUCAAGGAGGCACUGAGGGAUGCCAAGUUCAUGGGGGACCUGGAGCGUCUGCAGGCAGAGCACCGGUAUUCCAUUAUCACAGAGGUGAGCAGGGAGUGUGCCUCCUCCAUAGAAUACAGGAACCAAGGCCUUAAUGGAGACACACUGCUGAGUGAGGACCACCUGGAGGAUGAGGCUCCACAAGGUGGCUCCACUGACAGGCUGAUAGCUGAUGCUGAGUCUGAGGGUUCCAGUAAUUCCCAUGAGAGACUUCACAGUGAACAGGAUCCUUUUUUAUGUAAACUGAUCUCCUCUGAGACAACAGAGGAGACAGUGAAGAAAAUCUGUGACUCAAAAGAAGGAAAGAGUGCACCCUCUGAUGAAAUAGACAACAAUGUGGGAACUAAGCCUCUUCCUGCCUCACCUGACUGUGUGGUGUCUUCCCGGGAACCUAAGCCAGUGGCCCUCCCAGACAUUGUGGCUCACAAUGGAGGCUCCAACCUGGCCCACUCCUCUCCUUCACCCCCAACAAGCCCCUCUGCCUUCAUUCAUAUCAACAGUAACCAGCGUAAAGAGUUCCGUUUCAUAUUUGGGGAUGAAACAGCUGAAGGCCUUAAGAGUGCCAAGGAGGAUCUGCCUGAUGGCCCAGCACAAGUGACAUCAGUGGUGUUCAGUGAAAACAUCAAAGAGGAGACAGGUGAAGGUGCUCUGAAAGACAGUGGUCAAGAGAAAGGUGUUUUGGGAAGUGCCAGAGAUGAAGAAAACUUAAUGAAUGCAACAGAGCAAGUAAUGAAAGGUAAUUGUAUUGAUUCAUUUGAUGAUAGAAGUGAUUCACAUAAUUUUGCUUUGAAUGACAAACAUUUUGUCAAGGGACGAACAAGCACACCAUUUAAAGUCCUGAGUCUGACCAGAACAGAAGUGAUGGAAGAAAAGGAUGAGGUACAAAAUGUUGAAUGUUUAACUAGUGAGUUCAGUGGAUAUCAAAGAAAUAGUAAAGAAGAGCUUACUGAUGUUAAUAGCUCACAGGACCAUGAAGUCAAACAGAGACUUGUAUUCAGUACAAGUGAUAGUGAAGACAAAGACACCAGUGAUAAAGCUGAACAUGGAAAGAAUGAAGGCUUGCUGAGUAUGAAAGAGAACAGUGUGCCCAGCUACACACCCGAGGAGAUUGUGAAAGGGGAAGAGGUUGUGAUUGGAGCCUUGGAGGACUACUCUCUGGAUCUAUAUAAAGCUGUCAAGUCCACAGAGGCUCCUCCAGUCAGUUCAGGUCCUGAUGCCCUACCUGCAGAAGGCCCCAGGUCUGAGGACAUUAAGGCAAGUGCUGAGUUCAGUGGUAUUGAGUUUGACCUUGAUCAGUGGGACAAAUUUCUUGGAAAAACAUUGAGUAGAGAAAAUUCAUGCUCAGAUCCUGUGUUUAUGGAAGGUAUUAUUGGAGAUGAGGACAUUGCGUGUGAUGCAGUGAACAAUUCAGUUGCUGUAGGCUUUGAACAAGAUAUUCUAAACAAAGAGAAUAUUUCAGCAAAUGCUACUGGCUCCUCAGACAUAUCAGAUUUUGUUAGUCCAAGUUUUUACAGUGCACAUGAAGGAGUGGGCAGCAUCCCAGUUGAGUCAGGUGAGAGCACCCAGAUAUUGUUUGAGUCAGAGCCCAGUCUGAAGGAUAACAGAGACACAGAGCCUAAGUCCGUCACACCACCAGAGAUAAGACAGCAGUCCAGCAAAGCCUCACCUCUAAGUGAAGUAUUGACGGAGCAUCAGCAUUCAUUGCAGAGUGAGGAGUCCUUCCACACUACAGCUUCUAAAGUGUCCACAUCUCCAGGGCACUUGCACCAUGAUAAAAGGCCUGCACUGGUGCACAACACAACCACCACCCCUGGCAGUGCCACCAGUGCUGGGCUGGAGGAGGCAGUGACAGAGGAGUCCCUGUGCUCCAACACCAGCUGGGGAGAGUUCCCCUCUCCUCAGUUCUCCUAUAAGAAAGAGGCUCCAGUUGAUACAUCGUUUGAACAGUCCAGUGAAGUUGAACCUGUGAGCACAAAGACCAAACUGAAGCUAGACUUGGCUGGAGGAGUGUUAGGUGGAACUCCAGACCAUUUUUCCAGUGACAUUCUGGAUCCAGUGGUGCAUACAAAUAACAGUGCAUAUUCUGUAGACAAUGAGAAUUUCAAACAAGAAAAGUGUCCUGAAAAUUUGCUAUUAAAUAAUGAUGUGGAUUCUGUGCCCAAGACCAGUGAAGUUGUAAAUGGUUUAGAGACAGAAAGAAGUAGUUCAGACAUCAGUGGUGUGUCCAGUGCCUUACAGUUUGGGUUGCCAGGCUCAGUUCCUCACACUACCUUGAUCAUUCAAGGUGAGGAUGACCUUUCCCCAAGUGCUUAUCAGGGGAGCUGGUCCUCUCGAGGUGACCAGGAGGGAGUCCUGCGGGGUGAUGAAUUAGAAAAUGGAGAUUUUUGGGAGCAACAAAUGGUGGCAUGGCAGGCAGCAGCUUUCCAGACUCGACAGCUGCUGCAGGAAGCAGCUGGUCAAGGAGAGGAGGGAGUAGUGGAAGAACAGACCAAAAGACAAGAGGAAGAGGAAGUUAGUCCUCGAAGUGAUGCCUCUUCCUCUUCUAAAAGUUUGUAUUCUUCCACUGACUUGCUGAACUUGGAUGAUGAAGGAACAUAUGUCUCAUACAACACAACAGACGAGGAAGAAGUGCUAGGCUACAGACCUGAGGACAUCAGCGCCCUGCGUGCUGAGCUGAGCCUUAAGCUAGAGACUGGGCAGGGAGAAUCACAGCAGCAGGAGCCAGAGGAGCCGGAGGAUCCUGCCUCUCUUGACAGAGACAAUGUGGUCAUCAACUAUAGGGGAAUCAUUUCCUCCACCUUGUCUCCCAUCAAAGAGGAAAGUUUUCUUGAGGAGGAUGACACUCCAGGAAGGAGGGGAAGCCGUGGAAAUGCUGUGGAGGGAGACUCAGUCCUGGACUGGAGCAUAGAAUUUGAGGAGCCUGCCUCAAGUGACUGUGAAGAAAGUAAAUCAAAUACAUUUGUGAUAAGUGACACCAGCAUCAUGCAGCCAUCUCUGCCACUCCAGAUUCAGCCUCCGUCUGGGCUACAGAUAGACACCAAAGCUGAUGAUGGCAGCAGCCACAGCCCAGAGGGAGGCUCAGGAAUUGCUGGAGAAGCUUUGGGAACUUCUCUGGAGAAUACCCAUGACAGCUUGAUAUUAGAAGACCUGGAUGAGGAGGAUGGUCCUACCUCCAUACAGAUAUACAACUCUGGAACAAGCCUGGAUGCUGAGGACAUAUUAGUUGUCAAUACAGAGACCAAUGAGGCAACCAUUGUGGACCAGGGGAAGCCCAGAAGCCACUUGGCCUUUGUGACAGAGCAAGAACCACUCCCUGAAGCCUCUCCACUCCACCUGUUAGGUUUUGAGGACACAGAUGAUGUAGCCCCAGAGUCCAUCCCCUCAGAGGAAGGCCGUCAUCUACAGCAGCUGCAGCGGUGGGACCAGGCUGGCUCUAACAAGCCAUCCUGGGAUCAGACGGACAGCCACAGCACCCAGGAAGAUGAAAGAAGUUCAGAAUCAAAAUCAACAACAGAGUUUGUCAUCACCAGCAAUGAUGCACCAAGCAGUUCUCCUGAAGGCAUCCAGGUUCCUGCCUAUCACUCAUACUUCACAUCUGCCCUCAGCAGCAUCUCCCAUCCCAGUGCCAGCCUUGAAGAGCCUCCUCUUUAUGAGCAGGUAGAACAAAUCUCACUUCCAUAUGAGGUCAACUAUCCACCACCAACAGCACUGGAAGAGGAGGAAGAGGAGCUGCACAGUCUGGAGGAUGUGCAGCAGCAGCAGCAGGGUGAUGGUGGCACUGGUGGCCACAAUAUCAGUGAAAUUGAGGAUGAUGAAGAUGCUGCUCCCAUCAAACUGAGCUUCCUUGGUCGCCUGUACUCUGAUGAUGACAAGGAAGAGCAGCACAAGAAACCCAAGGCUGAGAGGGAGGCCACACUGCUCUCAGACUCUGAGGGAGAAGAUCUUCCUGACAAACUUGCUGUCCUUCCCAAACCUGAGGAGCCCAACAGCCUCAGGCACAUGACAUCGGCAGAGUUUUUGGCCUCAGAGAAAUACAAGACUAAUGAUGCUGAGGAGGUUGAAGAGCAGCUAACAGCUGAGGCAGACUCUGAGGAGGACUCGGAAGAGGAAAACAGCCCCAGAGGGAGUCCUCAUAAAGGUGAAGGAGCAAGUCCUACUUCCCAUGAACCCAGAUACACUCCAGACUGGGAGACGGACUCAGACACUGAUGAUGACAGCUCCUCCACCAGUGGGGAGUUCAUGUGGAAGGAGGAGGAGGAGGAGAAGGACAAACGUGUAGAAGAAAAGCCUGGGGAGCCGUGCCAGCCUGCCCCCUACAUCCUGGAUAUCAUAGAGGAGGAGCCACAUGAAGACGAAGAGAGAGAGGAAGGAGAACUUUCUGAAGACUCAGAAAGCGGAGAAGAAGAAUUCACUCCUUCCCAGUGGAAUUCUGACUUGACUCCUUCACAUUCGUUACUUAAGAGUCCUCAAAACAAGUCUAGCCUGAAGAAGAGAGUGCGAUGGAAGAGGCAGCGGCAUCACCGAGUGUAUGAGUACCCCCCUGAGCCCCGGUCCUGGGAACACUCCCUCACUGAACCUCAGUACCGCCGCUCCUGGGGACGCUCCUCCCUGGAUUACCUCAGCCUGGCAGACUGGGAGUUGGGAGCUGAUGAGUUCAUAGCAGACGAAAGUGAAGACAUAGAGGACUACGUGUACCAUAAGCCCUCCCGGCCAGCACCCCCUCCUCCUAUAUACAGCCUAGGCUCCAUGACAUAUGACGAGGCAGCAGAAGGCUUCCUUGUUGACAAUGGUGAGUUUUUCAUCCGAUCUUCUGGGUCACCGUUUACCUUCACAAGAUCAUCAUUCUCUGCCUCUGACUUCUUUCCUGGAGGUCACUCAUCAGACUAUGAUGUCAUCUUUGGCAGCACUGCCCAGACUGCAGGGGUGCCAUUUUCUAACUGCAAGGUGCCAGAGUGUCCUCCUGAGGUCAGUGAAGAACAGGUCACAUAUUCCAGUAACGAAGAAAGACAGUUAGAAGAAGACCUGCAAGCCUCGACUCUCACACAGGAGGAAAGUGAGCAGCAGGGGGGAGGCAGUGGAAGUCUGGGUCAGCUUAGGCAUACAAGGGAUAAGUUGCGCUUGGAAAUUCCCUCACUAACCCUGGCUAGUGACUCCAGCAAGGGUUCACCGAGUGCCCUGGAAAAUGGACGCAGUGGUCUGGAGUGCAGUGAACAGAACUUUGUCAUUAUGAACCAUAACAGAGUAGAACCAGAAGUGAGCGAGGUUUGAGUUCAACUUAAUGUAGAAAUAAUAAUAAUCUGCACAAACUAGGACCAUCAGUAACUGUAAAGUGUAUCAUAAUAUUUUAAGUAAGAAGUUUUAUAUCUAUCUCAGGACACUGAUUUAUUACAUGUUACAGAUGUUAUAUUGCAACAAGUGGGAGAUUUGGUGGCACAAUGGAAAAGCUUGUAAAUAUGUUUAAGAUACAAUAGCAUGGAAAGUACAUAGUUUGGAAGCUAGGAGGUUAAGUGAAGUGCAUUUUUAACAAACAGUAUCACUGGCUUCAUGAAAUAAGCCAUGAAAGGGUCACAGGAGUUGGUGUUGUUUCUAGAAAAAAUGUUAAUACUGAAUGUUGAUGUUUGGUACUGUCUGUAUUCAUUAACUCUGGCAGCAUUGGCAUGAAAACAGUGUGAAAAAGAAUGGCUGCUGGUACAUACAUUGCAUUAUCCACUGCAUUAUGUUUCAACUCUAAUUUUUGUUGUCUUUUAGUAAUGUUAAUCCAUUUUGGUGUUGCUAUAAAGAUGUGGCUCCAGGAGGUGAUAAUGUGCACCAUGCACACCCAGUGCCUCUCUUGUGUCUUAGGGAGAACCAGCUGCCGUCCACAAUGCCUCACGCGUAGCGCUGCGCUGCACCAGCCGCUGCUGCCUGUGUUGGUGCCAUGGAGGCAGACAGCGCCACACCAGCACAGGCCAACAGCACUGUUGACUUGUUUUUUUGUGAAAGCUCCUCAUUAUAAUGUAAAUAAAAUAUGUUUGUAUUGUAGAAGCUUUACUGUAACUUAAAAUAUGUCUGGGUGAAAAGACAGUAAAUCUUCAAGUAGUUUGAUAGAUAUAUUAUAAAUAUAUACAUAUAUAUUGUUCAAUACCAAAGAUUUCAUAGCACUGAUAACACUUCCCAGGCCCAACUUUCUUAAUGGUCUAGAUGUGUGUUUCAUUUUGAGACUUGCUCUCACAACCAUUCAGACUUGUCUAAGUCUAAAAUUGCAUAAAAUGUAAUACCUAGAAAAUUACAGUCUUACUCAGAAAAGUUCUCAAAUGAUCUUUGAUAGGUAGGUGAAAACAGUAAUUAGAAAUGUGUUAGAGGUUUAGUUUGAAAAAAGUCCACGAAAAGUGGGCACACACACACACACACACACACACACACACACACACACACACACACACACACAUCCCUAUCAUAACAUGAAGUAAUAUAUUAGUAGGGAUUCUUCUGAUGUCAGUUAAUCUUGGAAGAAAUUACAAACUUGUCACUUGAUAGCUAGUACUAAUGUGCUACUGUUAAGAGUAUUUCUGGAGAGGUGGGCCAUCAGUGGUGCUGAUGUGACCCAUUGCAGCACCCCUGGGUACCUCACACCCACCAGGGGCUGCUUGGGUACUGUCUCCUCCCACCCCUUGUGGUGCAGGACAUGGAAGGAGACAGUCUCUGUUCUGUAAGGUGCAGGAAUAUCAAUAGCCAUCUUUCCUCUGACAAAUGUCCAGUUUUGAAAGAUAAUGCAGCAUGUAUUAGCUUGUGCUCAAAAGUUUCACCCAAAAGUCUUUGGUGAUGUUCAUCAAUGACAGAAACCUUUCUCUACUCAUCAUUUUGUUCUUACCAUCAUUUAUUAAUUAUAUGUUGUUGUCUUCACCUUAUUUAUACUUGAUUCCAUCCAGUGCAGACCCAUCCUGUACAGUGUCUGGCCAUUCUGCUGCCACACUGUUGCAGUCCUGAGAGUUAUGACAAACCAAACUUUCCACCACUUCCCACCCUUUGUAGAAACUUUCUGAACCAAGGCUCAUACCAUCUGCCCUGAUUCCCUUUCAUUACGUAGAAAAAUUCAUUGUCUUAGUUUGAAGUAGACACACAGAUUCUUUCUACAUUUUACUUACACUUUCUUCAACAGUUAAGACUGAACAGAUGACCCGUUGUUGACAUUUAUCACAGGACCACCUCCACCACCACCACCACCAUUAUCAUCACCCAUAAUGUUUUGAAUCUAGACAAAGACAGCUGGUGAACCCUUGAGCUCCUUGCCAGCCUGCAGUCAGACCCAUGUUCCCAGUUAACAUUCCACUCGUGAUCUAGUCCUGCGGGUGAUGUGUGGGGCACUGAGUCCCUUCAGACACCACACAGCACUUCAGGGAGGCAUCCUGUGUCUUGUUCAGCCUCCUCACCCGGCCAGGAACACCCUCGUCACCCCUCUAUACAUAUCUGUCAUCCUCCUACAGCCACUUUGUUUUUGUCUAUGCUGUAUAUAAAAUGUAUAAUUAUUUACCACAGAAGUUUAUACAUAUUAUUAUUUACACGUAUGGCAAGUUGGUUGUGAAUAUUUAUUAUUUGCUGUCUUCUGCAGCUUUAUGUUGUACAUGUUUAAAAAUUUAUCUCCCACUACUAUUGUGAUUAUAGACCAGUUUCCUACAUUAGUUUUAGACAUUUUGUUAAUAAAGCAUAUGAACUAA